CUUCCAGCUAGUGCCACCAAUCUAGUGCGAGUAGAGCAUCAAGGCGCAGCAUCCCACCUCCCUUCCAAUGCACCUCAGUCACACCAGCCCAACCAGGAGAGGAUGAGCAUUGAUGCCUAGUGGACCUGUUGCCUAUUUGGCAAAACCAGAGCAAGACAGGGACGCAGGUGUGUAGAAGAGCAAGGCAAAGGGAGACGUGAUGCCGUUCGGAGGACUUGCAGGAUUGAAGGAGAAGGUGCUGAAGCCGGGGAAGGAGGAGAUGAAGUACGCAGUGGGGGACUCUAUGGGGAACCUGCAGAGGAAGAUUGAUGGCAGCAAUGCGGAUGAGGAGGCACCGAUAGAGUUAACAGAAGAUGGUAGGCCUGUGUCAGCUUCAGACAGCAGUCCCCCACUGCUCGACUGUGGCUGCUUCGGCAUUCCCAAGCGCUACAUCAUUGCCAUUCUCAGUGGCCUGGGUUUCUGCAUCUCAUUUGGUAUUCGCUGCAAUCUGGGUGUGGCCAUCGUUGAAAUGGUCAACAACAACACGGUGUACAUCAACGGGACUGCUGUUAUGCAACCUGCCCAGUUUAACUGGGACCCUGAAACAGUAGGGUUGAUACAUGGCUCGUUUUUCUGGGGUUACAUUGUUACUCAAAUCCCAGGAGGCUUCAUUUCCAACAAGCUAGCUGCGAACAGGGUGUUUGGAGCUGCCAUUUUUUUGACAUCAAUUCUGAAUAUGUUCAUCCCAUCAGCAGCAAGGGUCCACUAUGGCUGUGUCUUGUUUGUGCGAAUCUUGCAGGGACUGGUAGAGGGCGUCACCUAUCCAGCUUGCCAUGGCAUGUGGAGCAAAUGGGCGCCUCCACUAGAAAGAAGUCGCCUGGCAACCACAUCAUUUUGUGGCUCAUAUGCAGGUGCUGUGAUUGCCAUGCCUCUGGCAGGAGUGCUAGUGCAGUAUGUCGGCUGGCCCUCUGUUUUCUACAUUUAUGGGGUCUUUGGUAUCAUAUGGUAUAUGUUCUGGCUAUUUCUUGCCUAUGAUAGCCCAGCUGUGCAUCCCACUAUUAGUGAACAAGAGAGAAUCUACAUUGAGACCUCAAUUGGAGAAGGGGUCAACUUAUUAAGUGCUACUGAGAAAUUUAAGACUCCAUGGCGACAGUUCUUUACCUCAAUGCCAGUCUAUGCCAUUAUUGUGGCCAACUUUUGUCGCAGCUGGACCUUCUAUCUCCUGCUUAUAAGCCAACCAGCUUACUUUGAGGAGGUUUUUGGUUUCCCCAUCAGCAAGGUGGGCAUUUUGUCAGCUGUGCCCCACAUGGUGAUGACCAUCAUAGUGCCGAUUGGAGGGCAGCUUGCAGACUUCUUGAGAAGUAAUAAAAUCCUGUCCACCACAGCUGUGCGCAAGAUCAUGAACUGUGGAGGUUUUGGGAUGGAAGCCACAUUGCUGUUGGUGGUGGGAUUCUCACAUACACGUGGAAUAGCGAUCUCAUUUCUCGUCCUGGCAGUGGGAUUCAGUGGCUUUGCCAUAUCAGGUUUCAACGUGAAUCACCUCGACAUUGCUCCUCGUUAUGCCAGUAUCCUGAUGGGAAUCUCCAAUGGCGUAGGCACACUGUCUGGUAUGGUGUGUCCUCUCAUCGUUGGAGCACUAACCAAACACAAAACCCGUCGAGAAUGGCAGAACGUGUUCGUGAUUGCUUCCAUGGUCCAUUAUUGCGGCGUGAUCUUUUAUGCCAUCUUUGCAUCGGGUGAAAAACAAGACUGGGCUGACCCCGAGAGCACCAGUGAAGAAAAGUGUGGCAUCAUUGGAGAAGAUGAACUUGCUCAGGAGACGGAACCCAGCUGUGACAGCUCCCUCAGCAACAACAAGAUGAAGUCUUAUGGAGCCACUACAUAGAACUCAUGGCAAAAAAGGCUGGAAAAAAGAAAAGAAGCCUGAACACGCAGGAGGAAGAUAAAAGGGGGCAAUUACAUUAAGAUAAACAAGACUAUCAGGAGAACAUUUGGGGUUCAUGAGGAAUCCCAGGACUCCUCUCACCCUCCUGAUGUGCUUCUGAGAUGAUGAUAUUAAAAUUAACAACUUUAAUGAAUCCAUGCAACAUUACCCAUGUGGCUGUGCAAAAUGAUUUUUUUGCAAUUAAUUUUAUUUUGGCUCAUUUUUGACUUUUGACACGUCCUCUCUGAAACUUUAUAAGCCCAUUGAUGAGUUUAGUUAGACAUCAGUAUCUGUGGUUAUGUGAUUGGCUUUGCUGAGAAAAUUAGUAUGUUCGAAUAUUUUGUCUCUUUCUUCAUAUUUCAUUUUUAAGAAUUCUGCAGAUCCAAAAAGACCAAAAAGAAAAGAUUUUUAUGAAUGAAUUAUUAUAAAUUAAUAUACACAUCUAAGACAAUAUAUUGUAAAGCAGUGGAACAAAAUUAUCAUAAAAAUCUCAUUAUUAACUUGACAUUUAUCCCUGUUGUAGAUAAAUAAAAAAUAUGCAUAUAUGUACUGUAUAUUGUUAUUUGAAUUUGGGUUAUUAAGGCCUGUUGUUGUAACCUAUGCAAUAAAAGGUAAAUAUCAAAUUUGUGUAAAUAUUUAUACUGGAUUAUAAUGAUCAUGAUGAGCUUUCCUUCUUUGCAUUGCUAAUGUAGGGGCAACCUGCAGCUUUGUUUCUAAACCUGGCAAAUCAACCAAAAC